AUUCAUUCAUUCGUUCACUCAUUAAUCCCCAUUCUAACCCUUCAUUCUUCAUUCAUUAUUUAUUCAUUCAUUCAUUGAUACAACCAUCCAGCAGCUUUUUUACUUUUUUUAAAAUUCUUAGUAUCGUUCACCAUACAAAAGAGAAUAAAACUAAAAUAAAAUGUCUUCAGUAUCAGAACCUGGAUCUACCCUGAAUCUGGCUCCUACGCCUGAUGGUUCAAGUAACAAUACCAUUAUUGAAACCAUGCUCGAUCUUGAAGAGAUCGACAAGGAUCUGUACCGAUCCAAGAAACUAUGGCUGCCCCUGGGUGCACGAGGUGUCUUUGGUGGCAAUGUUGUAGGACAAGCCCUUGUAGCUGCCACAAACACAGUAUCGGAUCUCUAUUCUGUCCAUUCCCUGCAUUCAUAUUUCCUCCUGCCUGGCGACCCCACAAUCCCGAUCUUGUAUCACGUAGAUCGUCUUCGGGAUGGUCAUUCCUAUUGUACGCGAACAGUGACAGCAACACAGCGAGGGAAAAACAUUUUCGUUUGCACAGCCAGUUUCCAGGUCCCACGGCCUAAUGCACCAAGUCAUCAAUAUCCUAUGCCGAAUGUUCCUCAUCACAGCACCCUCCCAAGUCAAGAAGACUUGAUCCGUGCUAUGAUCGAUAGCCCAAAAAUCCCUGAAAAUCUCGUGGAGUUUCUCAAGCAAAGACUGGACGAGCCAGUAGCCUUGGACUUUAAGGAUACAAGGCGUCAUACGCUCAAGGACCUAAUGAAUCCACCUGUUAGAACAGAACAAACUUUUUGGAUCAAAUGCAAAGGUGGAUUGGGAGACGCCCUUGCGUUGCAUCAGUGUGUGGUCGCUUAUGGAUCGGAUCAUAAUCUGUUAAACACUGUGCCAUUGGCUCAUGGAAGUACAUGGUUAUCGAGACGUAGUUCAAGCCCAAGCAUCGUCAUGAUGGCCUCAUUGGACCAUUCCAUGUGGUUCCAUUGCCCAUUCCGUGCAGAUGAAUGGAUGCUCUAUGUCUGUGAGACGCCACGUUCAGGAUGUGAUCGUGGACUGACAUUUGGCAGGAUAUACAAGGAAGAUGGCACCUUGGCUGUAUCGGUCGCGCAAGAAGGCGUUGUAAGGUUGCGAUCAAAAGCACCCUCUUCAGCCACGGUUGAUCAACCCAAAUUGUAGACUCUGAU